AUGCAAUGUGUUCGAAGUUUUGUAAAAAACGAAACUUUCACAAGGAAUAGGAUACUUUUGGUCGCAUUCAUUGCGAGAGUUACUUUAAUUCUUUAUGCUCACAUUCACGAUUACCUAUUCAAGGUAAACUUCACUGACAUCGAUUACCAUGUUUUUUCUGAUGCCGCAAAACAUGUAUCGAAAGGAGGAAGCCCAUUCGACCGAGCAACAUAUCGGUAUACUCCAGCACUGGCAUGGAUUCUCCUCCCAGUCGUCAAUAUCCCAGAUUACGGAAAGAUUCUCUUCUGUAUUUUCGAUAUCAUUGUGGCACUUCUCUAUUUCAAAAUUAUGGAGAACGAUCUGAAUAAAACGAAGGGUGAUGAUCGCAGCGAAAUGGAAAGUGAUCAAACGAUAAAUGUUGUACUUUACUGGCUUGCAAAUCCACUGACAGCAAUCAUCUCAGCCAGAGGAAAUGCAGAGUCAAUUGUAUCAGCUGUUGUUCUACUGAAUAUUGUACUACUUCAAAAAGGAUAUUGGAAAUCUGCAGCAUUAGUUCAUGGAGCUCUGGCAAUCCAAUUGAAGAUUUAUCCAAUCAUUUAUCUUCCAUCUGUUUUCUUGAGUCUAUCCUCAUUCGGAGCUGAAAAAGACAUCGUAUCGAGAGCUAAGAGCUUGGUCACAAAUUGGAAAGGAUUCGUUUACGUUCUGAUUACACUCAUAUCCUUCGGUGUCGUCGUCGCAUUUUUCUUCCAAAUCUACGGACAAUUGUUCCUUGACGAAUACCUGAUCUAUCAUAUUAAACGACGUGAUCUCGCUCAUAACUUCUCUCCCUACUUCUACCUUCUGUACCUCUACGAAUCAAAUCCAACGGUGUCACAGCUCAUUGGAUUAGGCGCAUUCAUCCCACAACUUGUUUUGACAGUGUUCUUCGCUUUCAAGCAUUAUGAUGAUUUACCAUUCUGUUGGUUCAUUACCACAUUUGCGUUCGUCACUUUCAACAAAGUUUGUACCAGCCAAUAUUUCGUCUGGUACAUCGUUCUGCUUCCUUUGUUAGCGCAUAAGAUCACGUUUUCCCGUACACGUGCUCUGACUUUGCUGGCCGCGUGGUUCGUUACUCAGGGAAUCUGGCUUCUGACAGCUUACCUAUUCGAGUUCCAAGGAUGGGAUACGUUCUUCUUGAUGUUCCUCGCUUCAUGUCUCUUCCUGGUUACGAACUCGAUGGUUUUCUAUUUAAUCGGAUUAGGUCUUGGUGACGUCGAAGAUAUCACUGUCAAAGGGUUGAACAUUGUCAAAAAUUGCGCACGUGUUCAUCUCGAAGCCUACACGAGUAUCUUAUGCUACGGACUGGAUAAAACUAAUCUCGAAAAGUUCUAUGGCAGAGAAGUGAUAGAAGCAGAUCGGACGAUUGUCGAACAAGAAUCAGACGCUAUUCUGAAAGGAGCAGAUAAAGAAGACGUCGCUCUUCUUGUUGUCGGAGAUCCAUUUGGAGCCACGACUCAUGCUGAUCUAGUUCUUCGUGCUAAGCAACAGAAUAUUCCGGUUCGUGUAAUUCACAAUGCAUCUAUCAUGAACGCCGUUGGAUGCUGUGGUCUUCAGUUAUACAAUUUCGGGGAAACUGUCUCAAUUGUGAUGUGGACUGAUGAAUGGCAACCGGAAAGCUACUACGAUAAAAUUGCUCUGAAUCGUCAACGUGGAAUGCACACGUUAUGCUUGUUGGACAUUAAAACCAAAGAGCAAACUGUUGAGAACAUGAUGCGCGGUCGGAAGAUUUUCGAGCCUGCAAGGUAUCAAAAAUGUUCGGAGGCAGCGAGCCAGCUGUUAACCAUCUGUGAGCGACGAAAAGCCAAGGGAGAAGAGUGUGCAUACAACAAGAAUACGAUGGUUGUUGGAUUGGCAAGAGUCGGAUGGGACAAUCAGAAGAUCGUAUACUGCAGUAUGAAGGAAAUGAGCGAGAUGGAGAUGGGCGAACCAUUGCACUCGUUGAUCAUUCCUGGAGAGACUCAUCCAUUGGAAGUUGACAUGUUGGAAACGUUCAAGCCAUAA